AUGGCUAGCGAACGUGCGGUGUUUGCAAGAUGUCUGUCUUUAUUCGUGGCUUUUCAUUCUCUGUACUGUGGAAACGCUGUGAAUACGACGUUUGGUUUAGGAGCAAUGCUUUCCUCUCUGGACAACCAGAAAGUCUUCCAGAGUGCUGUGGAUAAAAUUAAUGCUAAUUCAAGCAGUCUUUUAAGGGGAGCGAUCUUGAAUGCAAGCUCCUACGUUUUAAACCCAAACCCUAUCCGUUCGGCAAUGGAUGUCUGCGAAAAAUUGAUCGCUAAUGGAGUAGCGGUAGUGAUUGUUAGCCACCCAAAAGACGAACUCUCACCGCCGAUUUCUGUGUCGUAUGCCUGUAGUUUCUACUGGAUUCCUGUCGUCGGGAUUUCAUCAAGAGAAACAAUCUUCUCAGAUAAGGUAUUUUGUUCUGAUUAAGAGCAUUGUUGUAUUUUUAAUUUGAAAUGGUUGUAAGAAAUGGCAAAAAUAUGAUACAUUGAUAUUUAACGAAGAACAAUAUUGGAGUGACGACCAUCACAAGAAAAUAAUUCGUUACGCUGUGUUUUGAUAAUACGUUGUGAUUACUUGUAGAAGUUGCAAUCAUAUGUGGCCGAAGUAAUUAUCCUUUCCGUAGAAGCUAGAUAUACAGUUAGCCUCGCCUCUUCACUUCUUCAAUUUAGUAACGGCUUUCUUAGAAGUAGUUUUUGCCGUGGACAUAUUCGAUGCUCGGUUUUUCAAGGAGAUGUAAAACAAUGAACUAAGCUUUUUAUACAGUAAUGUGUAGUAGAUUUUGUAUUAUUAAACUGAGGUGAUGACUUUAUUCAUUACGUGGCUUCUUAUAUGGUACUUGGUAAUCAUGUGUAUGUUGCAGUUUGCCUAAUUUUGUUCAUGCAUGGUUUAUAAAGCUCCAGACUUCCGUUAUCAUACAACAUUACCUACCAUACCCCACAGUUACAAAAAAAAAAAAAAAGAAAUUAUUUUCCAAAAAAAAAAAGAAAAACAAUUGAACCAAAACAUAUACAUGUACAAUAGCCUCUAUAUGAGAAAGUCUAUAUGAUAAAUAAAACUCCAGAUGGAAUUUCUUGGCUUUUGAUAUAUCUAGGCACCCUGACAAAAGGGUUUCAAAACCUGGCUAUAACUUUUUUUCAAAAUCACUCCACAUUUUCAUGAUGGAAAUCACUAGAAAAUUGUUUUGAGUGUUAAAUUUUAUUAUAAUUUCUGAAAUGGUACAACUGUGAAUAAUUUUUGAUGAAAUUCAGCUUUAUUUAUCUUUUUAUGCAGCUUUGCACCUCUAUAUUGUCACUACUAUAAACAAAAAAAUAAUGUGCGGGAAAACAAAAUUCUAAGCGAAACCAAGUGUAUUGACAGAGGAUUUCUGUGAGCUUUUACAAAUAAAUUAUGUGGCUGAAGUUGAAUAGCCGGGACAUAAUUCAAAGCUAACAAUCCUUCCUUUUCAAGUACUAUUUUUGAUAAUAGCUUUCAAAUGUGCACUUCUGUACAAACAAAAAUGGUGAAGUCAUCACGGGAUAUUGUCUUUCCUUUACUGAAUUAUGGUUAUACAAUAUUACAUUAGAAAAUUAAGUGAACAGUUGUCUUGAUGUAGUUUUGUAAUACAUGUAUUUGCUUCCCCUAACUAAAAGAAUAAAAAUAUUAUCGCCAGUUUUAAAGAACAGUUACAACCAUAAUAAAAUAACAUAAUUAUGUUUGAAGAGGUGGUAGGAAUUAAGCCAUAGAUGUAGGUGACUUACCUGAUUGAUUAAGGAGUUUUUCAAUAUCAAUUUUUAGCAUUCAAGUUUGUCAUAUACAAAACAAACAAACAAACAAACAAACACAAACCAACAUAUGUUACUUUCACAGCUAUUUUAUUUAUAGCAUUGGCAUAAUAAUGCUACAAAAAUCCCAUAGCAUAAAAUAGCUUUAUUAUUAGAAAAUUAAAAUAUGUAUUUUGACUGCUUUGUUUUCUUAAUUUACUUAUAAAUUACUUUAAUAACAUUUUUGGAUGGCCACAGUCCUUGGUAUAUAACUUAAUAUUUUGGAUUUAUUUUAUGUUCUAUUUCAGUCUAUUCACGAGUCUUUUCUGAGGACUGUUCCACCCUAUUCAGAUCAAGCUUAUGUGUGGCUGGGCUUGUUGAAGAAAUUUGCCUGGUCUAAGGUUAUUUUGCUGACAAGUAAUGACCAGGAUAGUCGCAUGAUUGCAACUAAGUUUACAGGCUUGGCUGAGAAGAAUGACAUUAAGGUGAAUUUGGAAGGCUAUUAAUAAUAACUCCUAUGUGUAGUUGCAUUGUUGAGACUCUGAUAAUUCCGAGCAAAGUGAGUUUAUAAUCUUGUUGUGCGUGAAGCAUGCGCACAGUGUGUGGACCGUGCGUGCAUUGAGUGAGCAGCAAACUCACAGCGUCUAUACUUGUAUAUGUCUGAUGGUGUCCGCCAUGACAUCAUGCAGUAGUUUGACGUCACAGUGCAUUUUUUGUUUCUAGGCAACAUUUGACUGAAAGCAAUUUCCCAUCAAUGACCAAAA